ACUCCGUUAGAGAAUUUAGGCAUUUCUGACUCAGUUAAAGGAUUUGCCAAUUCAUCAAUCCCUGAAUCUAAAGCAAUUUCAACAGGACCCCCCCAAAAAAAAAACCCAAACCCAACCAAACAAACCAUGGGCUUUUUAAGUCCAAUAUAUGUCCUUUUCUUCUGUUUUGGAGUUAGAGUAUAUUGCCAAUACGAAGCUUACCAAUGGGAUGAAGAGUAUGACCAAGAGCCAAAUGAAGAUUAUGAGCCAGAAUUCCAGUUUCAUCAAAAUAUUGACUAUGGUGUACCCUUUUAUCAGAAUAUUUUAGGCUGUGCUAAGGAAUGCUUUUGCCCAACUAACUUUCCAACAUCGAUGUACUGUGACAAUCGUAAACUCAAGACUAUUCCAAAUAUUCCAAUGCACAUUCAGCAACUCUACCUUCAGUUCAAUGACAUCGAGGCUGUGACUGCAAAUUCAUUCAUCAAUGCAACCCAUCUUAAGGAAAUUAACCUCAGCCACAAUAAAAUUAAAUCUCAAAAGAUUGAUUAUGGUGUAUUUGCUAAACUUUCACAUCUACAACAACUCCAUCUAGAGCACAACAACUUAGAAGAAUUUCCAUUUCCUCUUCCUAAAUCUCUGGAAAGACUCCUUCUUGGUUAUAAUGAAAUCUCCAGACUUCAAACAAAUGCCAUGGAUGGACUGGAAAACCUGACUAUGCUUGAUCUCUGCUAUAAUCAUCUUUCUGAUUCAGUGUUAAAAGAAAAGAACCUUUCCAAAAUGGAAAAACUGAUGCAGCUCAACCUAUGUAAUAACAGAUUAGAGUCAAUGCCCCCUGGACUGCCUUCCUCACUUAUGUACCUAUCUUUAGAAAAUAAUUCAAUUUCAUCUAUACCAGACAAUUAUUUUGACAAACUUCCAAAACUUAAUGCUCUAAGAAUGUCACACAACAAGCUGAAAGACAUUCCAUAUGAUAUAUUUAAUCUUUCCAACCUUAUAGAACUCAACGUUGGACACAAUAAAUUGAAGCAAGCAUUCUACAUUCCAAGGAAUUUGGAACAUCUAUACCUACAAAAUAAUGAAAUAGAAAAUAUCAAUGUGACAAUAAUGUGUCCUUCUACUGACCUACUACACCAUCGCCAUUUAACAUACCUUCGAGUGGACCAAAAUAAGCUGAAAGAACCAAUAAGUUCAUACAUCUUCUUCUGCUUCCCUCAUAUACACAGUAUUUACUAUGGUGAACAAAGGAGCACCGAUGGUGAAACAAUACAACUAAAGACCCAAGUUUUCAGGAGAUAUGAAGAGGAAGAGGAGGAGGAGGAGGAAGAAAUCCAUGAUGGUCAGGACAACACUUUCGAGGGACAAGAAGUACCAGAACACUUUAAUUCUCAUUAUUAUGAAAUGCAAGAAUGGCAGGAAACUAUAUAGGUAUCUAUUAGGACUUCAUAAAGCCAUACUAAUUACAAAUAAACAUAUACUGCUCAAAAUAUAAAUAGAAAUAUUUGUUAGUAUAAGACCAGAAUUGCAUUUAAGAUGUUGGUGACUUAAAGUUUACUAAAAAAUGAUAUAAAUAUUAAGAAAUAUAAGAUAAAAUGGCAAGUGGGAAUAAAACUAAGCUUAAGUGGCUUCAUUCUUUAAACUCAUUCUUAAAAUUAGAAAUAUAUCAUGUAAAAAACAAGGGCCAGCAAGAUGGUUCAGUAAAUAAAGCAUUUGCCGCCAAACCUGAUCACUCGAGCAGGAGAGACCCAACUCCUGCAGGUUGUCAAGUUUUCCUCUGACCACAUGUGUGUCUGCCAAUAAUAAUAAUAAAUAAUAAUAAUAUAUAAAACCAUCUGAAUAUGCCACUUCCAAUGAUGGGAUUUUUUUCCCCCUAGGGAUGAUAAACUAAGUAUCAUUAACAGUGAAGACAAAAGCUGCCCUCUGGACCAUAAGAGGAUAUCUGAGCAAGAGGAAGGAUAUUAACCUAACAGUAGUGUUUCAUACAAGAGAAACCACUUUUACUAACUUUAUCUACAGAGUUGCUUCCACAUUUGUAUUUUCUCUUUUUUUCCCCCUUUGGUUUUUUUCGAGGCAGGGUUUCUCUGUGUAGUCCUGGAACUCACUCUGUAGAUCAGG